AUGAAAGCAAAGGGGCUCCAAAAGCUUCGAUGGUACUGCCAGAUGUGUCAGAAGCAAUGUCGAGACGAAAAUGGCUUCAAGUGCCAUACUAUGUCAGAGUCUCAUCAAAGGCAACUGCUCCUAUUUGCUGAUAACUCCAAAAGGUACAUUGAUGACUUCUCAUUAGACUUUGCCAAAGGCUACAUGGAGAUACUUCGUCGGCAGUUUGGAACAAAAAGAGUGAAUGCAAAUAAGGUCUACCAAGAGUAUAUUCGUGAUAGAGAUCAUAUUCACAUGAAUGGUACACGGUGGGUCACUUUAACAGGGUUUGUGAAGUGGUUGGGGGCCACAGGACAGUGUGUUGUUGAUGAGACUGAAAAAGGGUGGUUCAUCACUUAUAUAGAUAGAAGUCCAGAGACUGUGGCUAAUGAUGAAAAAAAGAAGAAAAAGAUGAAAAUGGAUAAGAAUGAUGAGGAAAAGCAAAUGGAGUUUAUAGAAAAACAAGCAAAAUUGGUGAGUGAAAUGGCUGGUCCAUCAGAGGAACCUGUUUAUACCGAGCUAGUGAGGGAAAAUGAAGAAGAACCAUUGAAGCUAGAUAUAAAAAUAAAAACAGAAAAACCUAUGAUCAAUUCAGUAAAAAUUCUACAGCUGUCUAAAAGACCUUCAGAUUCUCAGCAAACUACUUCAGGCGAUUCAAAGAAAAUAAAAACUGAGAAAAGUAAAAAGACAGCAUUAGAUGAAAUUAGAGAACAAGAAGAGUUAAAGAAGGAGAAGAUGAACAGAAAAGAUUAUUGGCUUACUGAUGGAAUAGUAGUGAAAGUGAUGAACAAAAGCUUAGGAGAAGACUACUAUAAGCAAAAGGGUGUUAUCAGAGAAGUGAUAGACAAAUAUGUGGCUAUAGUCAAAUUGUUAGAUAGUGGUAAAAAGUUAAAAAUUGAUCAAGAGCAUCUGGAGACAGUAAUACCGGCUAUUGGAAAAUUAGUGAAAGUUGUGAAUGGUGCAUACAGAGGUGAGACUGCCACUUUGUUAUCUAUACAUGAGAAAAACUUUUGUGCUGAGAUUGAAAUCGCUAGUGGACUGCUUAAAGGGAGAAAAGUUAGUGGGGUUGAAUAUGAAGAUAUAUGUAAAUUAUAUGAGCAUUGA